AUGCAAAAAAAGACGGCCCAUGUAAGGGACCCGUCUGACAGUGAGCCCCCACCUCUCCUAUACGCUCGCCGGAAUGGUUGCCGGACUAACACGCCUAACGGUGCCGAUGUCAAGCCUCCUCGGCCCGCUCAGCCUGCCGAACGAGAGCACGCCAGCUCGGAACAUCCGCACGCCAGCUCGGAACAUCCAGACCAGUCCGAAAAGGGUGACAAGCUCGACAAGCCCAACGACGCCGACGUGGUCUACCCAACCGGUCUAAAGCUCGUCCUGGUGCUCUCGUCCAUGUUCAUCGGCAUGUUCCUGCUGUCUCUGGACCGCCUCAUCAUCUCGACGGCCAUCCCGCAAAUCACCAACGACUUCAACUCGGCCGGCGACAUUGGCUGGUACGGCACCGCCUACCUGCUCACCAACUGCGCCUUCCAGCUGUUGUUCGGCAAGCUGUACAUGGUCUUCAGCAUCAAGACCGUCUUCCUCGCCUCCAUCUUUCUGUUCGAAGUCGGCUCCGCCCUGUGCGGCGCCGCCCCGACCUCUGUCGCUUUUAUCCUCGGGCGUAGCAUAGCCGGCCUGGGGGCGGGCGGCAUUGCCGCUGGUGUCAUGGUCAUCAUCGUGUACGCAGUCCCACUACAGAGCCGGCCCAAGUACCAGGGCUUCUUCGGCGCCGUGUUCGGCGUGUCGUCCGUCAUCGGCCCGCUCGUCGGCGGCGCCUUUACCACCCACGUCACCUGGCGCUGGUGCUUCUACAUGAACCUGCCGCUCGGCGCCGUCGUCAUGGCCUUCAUCUUCCUGCUGCUCGACAUCCCCGACCGCCCGGGCACCCACAUCCCCCUCCGGGCCAAGGUCGCCCAGCUCAACGCCCUCGGCUUCGCCGCCCUGCUGCCCGGCGUCGUCUGCCUGUGCUUGGCCCUGCAGUGGGGCGGGACUACCUAUGCCUGGAGCAACGGCCGCAUCGUCGCGCUGCUCGCGCUGUCCUUUGCGCUACUGAUCGCCUUCGCCGCCAUCCAGGUCUGGAAGCCCGGCCAGGCCAUCGUGCCGCCACGUGUCUUUCUGCAGCGCAGCAUCGCCUCGGGCGUGCUGGUCAGCGCCUGCGUCGGCGCGCACUCGAGCCUGUUCAGUACAGUCUACUACCUGCCCGUGUGGUUCCAGGCCAUCCAGGGCGUGUCGGCCGUCGACAGCGGCAUCCACCUGCUGCCGAUGGUGCUGCCGCUGGUCGUCUCGUCCAUCGCCUCGGGCAUUUUGGUGUCGCGCAUCGGCUACUACACGCCCUUCAUGAUCUUCGGGACCAGCCUGACGGCCGUCGGCGCGGGGCUGAUCACGACGCUGAGCGUCGACGCGUCGGCCGGCCGCUGGGCCGGCUUCCAGGUCGUCUACGGCUUCGGCAUGGGAGCGUGCAUGCAGGGCGCUAACAUGGCCGCGCAGACGGUGCUGCCGCGCGAGCUGGUGUCGAUUGGCGCCUCGCUCAUGUUCUUCUCUCAGCUGUUGUUCGGCGCCGUCUUCACGUCUGUCGGCGGCAAUGUGCUCUCCAACCAGCUCGCGAGCCGCCUGGUCGGCAUCUUGCCGGGCAGCGGGAACGGGGGUGACGCGAGUGCGGUUACCGGCACUGGUGCCACGGACCUCCUCGACCGCGUUCCCGCGCAGCUGCGGCCGGCCGCGCUGGAGGCAUACAACGACUCGCUGCGCGUGUGCUUCCAAGUUGCGCUCGUCCUAGCGGCUGUGUCGAUUAUUGGCGCGCUGACCAUGGAGUGGCGUAGUGUCAAGAAGAAGGGCGGUGAGAAGGGCGCGGCCGGUCACAAGGCCGCUGAGGAGGGCAAGGCUGGCGGCAAGGAUGCGUCUGUUGGAGAGAAAGAGACGGAAGCUGACAAGGAUAGGAAGGGCAGCAAGGACAGCAAGGACAGCAAGGACAGCAAGGACAGCAAGGACAGCAAGGACAGCAAGGACAGCAAGGACAGCAAGGACAGCAAGGACAGCAAGGCGUAA